GUCACCAGUGGGGCUCAGUUGUAGAAAUGGCAGCGCUCACACAGGAGCAUCGGUAUGGGCUCUCCUGUGGCCAAAUCAACAAAAACGCUCCGAACCAAACUCUGUACCACGUCAAACUGACUGACACCGCCAUCCGGACCCUGGAAGCCCACCAGAACCUGAAGGCAUCGCUAUCGAGUCAGCCAGCGAUUUGCUUCAAGGGGAGCCAGGGGUAUAUAAAGAUCCCAGCACCGACCCCAGAGUCUCCCGAUGGAUUGAGAGUCUUCUCCUUCUACCUGUCCAGCGACAGCAAAGACAAGCCUCAGUCCAGCUUUGACUGCAUUCACCAGUAUGUCUCGGGGGAGGGCAGGGAUCACCUGGAGGGCCAGGGCAGCAUUCAGGACAAGAUCACGGUGUGUGCCACAGACGACUCCUACCAGACAACCAGGGAGCGCAUGUCUCAGGUGGAGAAGGACAUCUGGAGCCGCUCAGCAAUUGAGAUCAAACCGGGCCCAAGUAAGUGUGUGAAGGUCCAGAGGAAGCAGGGUCUAGUAUCGGGCUCAGAUUGCAGCAGCAAACACUCGCCCAACAACAAGAGGAGCCUGAUUCCCAGCCCUGUUGCGCACCGGCCCCUGAGGGACCGCAUCAUUCAUCUCCUGGCCUUAAAGCCCUACAGGAAACCUGAGCUGCUACUGUGGUUGGAGAGGGAGCGGGCCAGUCCAAAGGACAAGACUGACCUGACCUCCGUUCUAGAUGAGGUUGCCAAACUGAACCUGAAAGACCACAGCUACUCUCUGAAGGAUGAGCUGUACAGACACGUUCAGAGAGACUGGCCUGGAUAUCUAGAAGAAGAAAAGCAGCUCAUCCAUAGGCUCCUGAUCAGGAAACUCCAGCCAGUCCACAGUAGCCAGUUGAAGAGUCCUCAGUCCAACAAUUCAUUCCACAAAACACCUGGGGACUCUCCUUCACAACUCAGCCCUGCCAAGAAUCUCUCUGUGAAACGGCCAUUACCCUCGGACACAUCCAGCUGUCAAACCCCCAAAAAACAAAGACUAUUAGACCAGCAGCAGUCGCCCUCUCCUGGAGACUACGGCACCAACGGUGCUCGUAGCGCCUCCAGUCACGGAAACUCUCGUAUCCCGGUCAAACUGGAGUUUGACAAAACCAGCAGUCGUCUCCACGGGAGCCCGAACGGCCUGUACUCGCCGCACAAAGUCAGCGUACCGUCCGCUGUCCCCAAACUGCAGAGGACAGAGCCCGCGCCGACCGCCCCCAGCCCCAAGCCCCCACUCAGCGACGCCUCCAUUUGCACAAACCAACAGCUCAACAAUGGCCAGCAUAAAAAGAAGAAGUCCAAAAAGCACAAAGACAAAGAACGCGAGCGCUUAAAACUGGACUGGAUCGAGACCAGUCCAGACCUGAAGCAGAAACAAGAAAACCUCAAAGACCACGAGGGAGAGAAAACACCUGUCAACGGAACGCCAGCGGAGGAACUGCCCGAUUAUUUAAUAAAAUACAGCACCGUAACAGCACUGGACCAGCGUCAACAGUACAAGGACGACUUCUGUGCAGAGUACGACGAAUACAGAGUUCUUCAUGACCGGAUUGGGGCAAUCACGGAGAUGUUUGUUCAGUUGGGAUCAAAGAUCAACACUCUCUCCCCGGGAACACAAGAGUACAAGCUCAUGGAGGAACAAAUACUACAGAAGUACCGAAAGUAUAAAAAAAAAUUCCCCGGCUACCGGGAAGAGAAGAAGCGCUGCGAGUACCUCCAUCAGAAAUUGUCGCAUAUCAAAGGCCUGAUCACGGAUUACGACCGCGCACAGGGGUUGUUGUCGUAGUAACCGGCGCUGCCCCCCCCCCCCCCCCCCGUCAGGAGAGGGAUGUCAUGUGACUGGACCAAAAGGCUCCGAAAACAGACCCAAAGACUGUCCAGCAGGGUCCUGGAGUCACCAAGACACUUUUCACUUUACUGCUCCUGAUAAUGGAUUCCAGGUCAGGAGUGAGGUUCUUUUUCAAAAGUGGGCUUAGACCACCGACUCGUGACCAGAUGUUGCCCUUUAACACUAUCUAUGGUUAUUAUUAUUAUUGUUAUUAUUAUUUUUAAAUAUUAUUGCUGUCAUGGCUGGAUUUUUGUUCUGUUGUAAAAUGGUCACGUGACACAGUGAAAAGCCAAAACCGAUUUUUUAUUUUUCCUCUCCUGAAAUGCAAAAGCAGAUGCGAUCCUUCUUGUCUAACUGUAUUUUUAUUUUAUCUAUUAUCUCAUCAGAGCUAAAAAAGAAAAUAACAAUAAUAAUAAUGAUAAAAGUUCAGAUUUUUAAAUAGUAUUAUAAAUUGAUGGUACAAUCAAUCUUACGGGAGGGAACGAAAGCAUGCAGAGGAGUUGGUUUGUGUAUUUGUCAUGUCGGGCUGCAACGAUUUUUCAAUUAAUCGAUUAAUAAUUCUUCUUAAAUGUCAAUAUUUCCUGGUGUCUUUGCUCCAUUUCAAAAAGAAAUCAUGAAAACUGAUCAGUUUGGUUUGUGGACCAAAGAGUUUAAGGUUUGGGAAACACCAGUCAACAUUUUCUGACAUUUUAUGGACCAAACGAGGAAAUAAUCCAUCGAUUAAUCAAUUAUGAAAAUAAUCCUUGGUUGCAGCUCUGACAACAUGACAUUAUGCCGUCAGACCACAUAGAAACCAAGAAAGAAUCAGUGAAUGGAAAUUCCGCUAUCAUGAAGGCAACGUGAAAUUAAAUGUAUCAUCUGUACAAGAAGCCAUAUUUCUGCAGGAUUAGGACCAAAAUUAUUUACAUCGACAAAGAAUAUAUCACAAAAAAAAGGGAGGAUGUGAAGUUCCAUCAAAAAUGCUCGACUUCCUACUUUGAGCCCGUUCUGAUUUGGUAUGAACAUCCGUCCUGAGUGAUCUGAUCACAUCCAGACUGCACAACGUACAACAAAGGGAUUAUCACAAAUACAACAUUCAGAUUUGGUUCGAGGACGCACGUGUGUCCACAUUCCUCAGGCUGCAUGAACAUAAUCUGUCCUCAGAUUACAUUCAAAGCCACCCCCCCAGUUGACGUUAGCCCCUAAUCCAGUGGUUCUCAAACUUUUUAAACCUAAAGUAGCUCUCUCAACAUCCUCCUCUUCCUCACAUAAUAUACUUCACACACUGAUGUAGUGAGAUUAGAUUAAGACGGGGCGAGAGAUAAGGUGACUCUUAAGUAUUAUUAUUUAAUUUUAUUUAUUUUUAUUUUUUCGACACACUCCACUUCAAAAUUCCCAUUCACAUACCCUGGUAUAUACAGUAGAACAAUAUUUCUGGUACGUACCAAUGAUGGUACAUGUACCCCAGUUUGAGAACCAUGGCUCUAAUCAGCUCUCACACGCACGUUGAUUUAUCACCAACUCAAUAUCAACACUAAUAGUCAUAUCAGUGCCUCUCGAUGGUUAAAAAGCGGGUUUUUGCACGAUCAUAUACGGAGAUGCAUCCGCGACACAUUUCAGUACCGAAUACAGAGUAUUUAGCACUUUCCACAUGUGAUCACAUGACUAAGGAUGGAUGUUUAUCCCUGGGUGCUGGUGUUUUCUCUCUGGCCUCAGAUCAUAGGGAUUUUUUUUGUGGCUUUUCUCCAAACAGCCCGUUGUCAUCUUUAAGAAAAUACUGGAACGCCACAAAACAGAACAACAACGGCCUGAACUGGAGAUCCUCACACAUGUCGCCCCUACAGUAUCACAAACUAAACUGCCUUGUCGCCACAACAUGAAAAACAACUUAAAAGAGGUUUACUGAAAACUACAGUACUUAUAUAGUAACGAUGCAGUAUUUUCAUUGUUGUUCAAAGACGUCUUUAAAGUAUACAGGGUAAUAUUUAGACCAGUGAUUCCCCAAAGACAGAUCAGGGGUCACGGAAGAUUUUACGCGUACGUAUACAUAUAUAUGUAUAUAUAUAUAUAUAUAUAUAUAUAUAUAUAUAUAUAUAUAUAUAUAUAUGUAUAUGUGUGUGUAUGUUUUAAAUAAGUUGUAAUUUAUUUACCAAACAUCUCUUUCGAAUGAUUCAUUUAUUAGGUUUUUACAGAUAUGGCUGUAAAUGAGUCGCUACAUCAUUAUUAUUAUUAUUAUUCGCGUUUUUUUUGUGAUUUGGGUCACAAUAGUUUGCCAUCUUUACAUAGUGGGUUAUGGAAAGUUUGGGAAACGCAUUAUUUAGUAUGUGCUUUGGUUGAAGACUUGAUGACUUGGUUGAAUAACAAUAAUUGACAUUUCGAUGUCCGUCUGCUGACUGUGGCUUUAAAGACUUGGACCUUUUCAAUUCUUAACCCUGUGUGAAGUGUGUGGAUGGGUCGCUCUGAUCAAACCACUCUUUUAUUUUAUUUUACUGUAUCAGCAGGUACAUUUGAAUUACUGCAACCUGUGAUUUUUUCUAUCACGUUCACUAGCUGUGGCCUGAAAGUAGAGGAAAAUGAUGUCUGGACAUUUUUGCGUCGUCGUGUCAGUGUAGCUGUGCAAGGGCUGGGCGAUAACGGGUACCACGUUCACAUAAGUUGAUAUCCAUAAUUAUUGCAAUAAAUGUCGGAUCAUUUCUUGGAAGAGCCCCCCCUUUUUCCACCAACAUUUCCAGGAACUUUUAUUACCAGGAAAGUAUUUACCUGCGGGGAAAGAAUUCCCGGUAAUCGGUGCUGUAUUUCCACCGCACCUCAAUGUUCCGGAAAACAAUAUUUGGAGGGAAAGAUUUUUCCGCCAAGGUAAUUUCGGUGGAAACACGCCAAGGUUUUUCCAAAAUCCCGGGUAAAUAAGAAUCAAGUUCCUGUGGUGGAAAAGGGCGGAAUAUUUGUUUAGAAAUCAACAAAAAACUAUAUCGAAGUUAAGCGUUUGUCGUGUUGUUCCAGCGAGAAAGCGACAUUGCAAUAAUAUUGGUAUUGAAUUAAGUCCCAGCCCCUGAGUGAUGAUACUCAAGACUCUUAUGUCCCAAUAAUGGCUUAAAAUGUGAGAAUGAAGCUAAUACUGUAUUUGCCUUAACGCGUGUGUAUGACAGACAGGCGCUCGGUACUUUUGUUCUAAAAGAAUGUUUGUUGUGUUCUCUGCACAGUUCAAAGCAUUUCUGUAAAAAAUGUCUUAAAAGUUUUGAAGGAGAGUUCAGUUACUGGAUAGUUGUUGCGCAACAGUCGUCUUAAUUUUUCAUAUUUAGCUUCAUUUUUGUGUGGAAUAAUCGUGUUUGACUCACAGUUCCAUCCUGUAAGGACAACCACUCUUUAAAGUAAGAAUCAUUGUAGAAAUCGACCCCAAGGAAAAAAAAAAAGAAUACUAAUUUGCUUCGCUUCACUCCGUUAACAUAUUUAGCAGCUCUGUUUUGUCGUUUGGUCGUCUGGGAUUUUAUUUUGAAGGAUUUAACAGUUGUUCCGUCUUGGCACAUAUGAAAGUUUCCAAGAAAUUUAUAUUUAUUAGCACUGAAUACAAAAAAAAAAAAAGGAUAACUGUGUUUUUACAAAUUCCAAAAAUUCGGCACAUACUUGUAUUUUUCAGCCUAGUUGAUUUCUAUUUAAUUUAAGCAAAAUGCGUGAAAAUAUAACGAUACUAAAGACAUUUUUAAUGUCACUUCAGGACGAACAAAAGACCUGUAAUGAAAUUUAAGGGCUCCUUAUCCAUUUUUAUCACUAUAGAGUCAUAUUGAUCAAUUGUGACAAAACAAUCUGCGUCGUGGUGAAAACACGGAAAAAUAUCAACCCUGAUCUUAGUAUUAAUGAAGAUAAUUUAAGUGGAUUUUUUUUUUUUGGGAGGGGGGGGGACCAGACCCUUAAUUAAAGGGAACUCUUAAGUGCUGACUGACUGUGAGCAAACUACUGAUGGUGCCUUUUCAAUCAUACAAGCAGAGCCACUGUGUCUGUAACUAUGAUUGUUGUCAUGGAAAAAUAAUAAUAAUGAUAAUAACUUGUGCCAGCAGUAUUUACACCUGUGUAGUUUCACACUGUUCAAAGUGCUUUUAUUAUUCAAGUUGAUUCCAAAAUGCCUUGUAACAUUAUAUAAGGUAUGUUGUUACUGUACAAUUUUUUUUAUUUAAUAAUUAAAUCACUUUUUUUCCAGUCAAAAUAUUAUUAUUAUUAAAUUUAGAUCAAUUUAACCAGGACAACACUUCACUCAACUGCAUCCGAUGUUUGCUUACGUGCAUUUCUUUCAGAUUCCUCAUAUUUCAUACAUCAUGUGCUUCAUUCAUGUUGGUACUGAAAACAAAAGAGAAAUAAAUCUAUGCCUCCAUUGAAAUGUGAAAUAAAACUUUUUUUUUUGCUGCAAUUUAAUCAACCAACCGACGAGGAGAAGUAAUUUAUUUAUUGCUUUGAGCGUGCGUUUGUUCUUUUCUUUGAAUGGGAUGUCAUGUCUGCAGAGUCUCUUCACGCAUGUUUCCAAGUAUGGUGAAAGGGAAGUGUGGAAUAUAUUUUUGCAUUUUCCGACAGCGGGUGUCUUAUAUCACGUGGUCAUCCGCUUCGGAAAAAGGAAAAAAACAAUAAAUGUAUACUGUAUAUGUUCAGUAAAACUGGAAAUUAAAGCUUCUGUUUUUUCUCUCUCUCUCUCUCCA